AUGGGGUGGCCCUCCUCGGCGCGCAGCACAGCAGGCUCCUCGCCAGCCUCUCCGCACCCUCCUCCGCCCUAUCAUGAGAAAAACGCCACCGAAGGGAAGGGCCCCGCUUCCACACCAAAGUCCCCCACUGGCCCCACACACAUCCCGAUCCGCGCCAGCACCGACACGCUUCACCGCACGGCUACACUGCCACCACCGCCGCCGCCGGGGUCGUUCGCUGCAAUCCUCCUAGACAAUGGGCAGCAGAUCACGUCUCUGCGCCUGCCGAAGCGUCUGGUAGGUCCGCUCAGCGCGGCCAUUACGUCCGCGUGGCCAGACGGCCUGCUUCGCUGCGCAGCAUCGCCCGUGCAGGGAGGAUGGGAGUGGGAGCUCAAUGGCUGGCCAUUCGUGCAGCACGUCGAGAGCCGGCGAAUCAUGUUCGCAAUCCUCCAGGUCCUUUACGCUGCCGGGUGGGCUGUGCAGUGCUCCAACAACAUCAACAAGCAUCACAUGGCCAAGGGGACCAUCUUCUUGAAGGCAGGUGAACCGUGCGGAAAGACGUUCUUCGGCAUCAGCUUCUUCAAGGAGGACCGGAUACGCCUGAUUGACGCACCGACCGCCGAACUGCGCGCGACCUUCAUCGCUAUUGCCAAGACAUGGCACAAGGGCGUGCAGGAGGCUAAAGAGAAGUGGGCCGGCUGCGUGCAAGUCAAGUUCCGCGGCACGCCGUUCUACACCAACGACCACAUGGAGCAGGACAUGAUCCGCAUGCUCCUGCUCGACAUCAUGACUGCGUUCGACGCGCUGGGUUUCGAACUCGUAACCUGCAUUGAGAUGGCCGACUUUGUGCGGCACGAGGGCACGCAGCCCGAGACGUGGUUCUUUGCCAACAAGAAUCGACAGCGCGAGGGCUCGGUGCGCAGCAGCAUAUGCCAUGGAUCGUAA